GCUUAUUAAGCAGAACGAAGUACUUGAAAUCAAAAUCCGACGAACUGACGAGAUUCAAAACUUGAAAAGGCAUUGAAGAGAACCUUGGGCUUUUCGUUCUCCCUCCGAAGCAGAACCAUGGACUCACCCUUGGUCGUCGAUACUUGCUCAAGCGAAGGAGAAUGAAGGAGAAGAAGAGAGACAGCACCGAAGAUCAGUGUGUUGGGAUUUGAGAGUGAGAGAGCUAUGUUGAUGAAGGCAUUUUAUAACGAUUUUACAGCAGUGGUUCAAGUGGUCGACAACGACGAGAAAGUGAAAGAGCAGCGGCAAAGUCAAGAUGGACAGACGAAGAAGGCCUCAUCGCCGUCGGUGAGAGGAGAGAGUGCAGAGGAAAUUCAAUUCAAAAUUGAAAUUCUUGGGUCUUUUAUUUGCGUAAUGAGUAUCUUAUGGACUCCAAAUGCCGUAAUUCGAGGAAUUCGUUACUGCCCUAUUGGGCUUUUGGAUGAAAUUGAGGUUGAAGAGUUGGGUUGGAUCCAGACACGCGCUUUCUACAAGCCUUCGGGGGAAUAGCCCAACCCAUUACCUAUGGACCCUUAUCUAUCUUUAACGCACCUAAACGAAAAGCAGAAAAAUAGUAAGGCCUUUUUCUUUAAUUAAUACAUUUUUACUUUUUCUUUUGGCUGAAAAGAGAAACGAUGAGGUUAAAAGUGUGAAAACAAUAAUAAGAAGUGGAGAUUACUCAUAUUUUCGAUGAAUAUAUUAAGGACCUCUCUGAUGUUUACAUUAGUUAGAAUUAGACCCUCCUUUCACCUUGUAAACCCCUCCCGGCCCCCUAGGGUUUUGCAGUUCAUUCCCCAUCUCCCACCCCAUUAAUCUAGUUGCCUCUCUGCUUUUCUCGUCAACUGGGUAUACUUUUAUCCCGUCUAUAUGUUCAUAUUUUAACUUCAAAAUUCAAUAUUUUUGUCAUAUUGCAAUAUAAAGGUCAGUUCUUUAAGCUGGUGGAGAAUGAGAUGAUGAUUGAUAUGUUUCCUUACUAUUGUUAAAAAGAGAUAAAGAUAAAGAAAGACUACCACAUCGACUUACAAUAUUUGUUUCAAGAGUUCAGACUACUCCAUUACCUAUUUAAAAAAAAAAAGAGUUCAGACGACCAUAUCUACCCUUCUUUUCAAUUUUAUUCAACCUACUUUUAUCUCGCAAUAUAAUUUUUUCAAUGAAAUCAAUUCCAAGUAGCAUCCACUAACCAACAUCACCUUUUUUCAAUCAUUCUUACCAUUUGGUGUCUUUCUAUAGUGCGUAGAGAGUCCCACUUUAUGGUAAACGUCAAUCGGUCCCUAUUUCAUACAAAAAGAAAGCAAUCAAUUAAAGAAAAUCAGAAAAAGUAGAAGGAAGAGGAUUUCCUCAGGCGAUGCAUAACUAGUUAACCUCAGGGCCUAAUGAAAACUGACUGCAACGGUUUUUUCAUUGAAAACUAAAACACCAUUAGUCUAAAAUAGUUUCAUACUAAAUCAACUUUGUAAAAAAUAAGUUGGUAAAAAUUUU